CUCUCCUAUCUUUGCCGCUUUGGUCGUUAAUGAAAGUCAGGCCAGCUAAUGCUUCAUUGCUGGUGGUGGAGGAGAGCAAUUUAAAAAAUAAAAGAAAAAGAAAAGGAAAGGAAAAAGAGAAAGCUUGACAUUUCCCAGAGCCGAUAGUAUUUUUAGCCGUGAUGCUGUGUCCAAAGUGUUAACUAAUUGAGUGAUCAGGUUUCAGAGUUGGCCACAGAAAGGAUGGCAGUGGAAGACUUUGAGAGCUUCCCAGAACAAUCUGAUGCAAAUGCCAGCUACCUAAGAGCUGCUCGAGCUGGGAAUUUGGAAAAGGCACUAGACUACAUCAAGAAUGGCGUAGACAUCAACAUCUGCAACCAGAAUGGGUUGAAUGCGCUCCAUCUUGCUUCCAAAGAAGGGCACGUGGAAGUCGUAUCUGAACUGAUACAUCGAGAUGCCAACGUGGAUGCAGCGACAAAGAAAGGAAACACAGCUUUACACAUAGCAUCUCUGGCGGGCCAGACAGAAGUAGUGAAAGUAUUAGCCACAAAUGGAGCCAACCUCAAUGCACAGUCUCAGAAUGGAUUUACCCCACUGUAUAUGGCAGCCCAGGAAAAUCACCUGGAAGUCGUCAAGUUUCUUCUGGAUAAUGGGGCAAGUCAGAGCCUGGCCACAGAGGAUGGAUUCACGCCCUUGGCGGUAGCUUUGCAACAAGGCCAUGACCAAGUGGUUUCUCUACUGCUGGAAAAUGACACAAAAGGGAAAGUCCGGCUUCCCGCACUUCAUAUAGCUGCCCGCAAAGAUGACACGAAAGCUGCUGCCCUGCUGCUGCAGAAUGACAGCAAUGCAGACGUGGAGUCCAAGAUGGUGGUGAAUAGGACAACCGAGAGUGGCUUCACCCCGCUCCACAUUGCUGCCCAUUAUGGAAAUAUCAACGUAGCCACGUUGCUGUUAAAUCGAGGUGCUGCUGUAGACUUCACUGCAAGGAAUGACAUCACGCCCUUACAUGUUGCAUCAAAACGAGGAAACGCCAACAUGGUGAAACUGCUGCUUGAUCGAGGAGCGAAGAUUGAUGCCAAAACAAGGGACGGGCUGACCCCGCUCCACUGUGGAGCAAGGAGUGGCCACGAGCAAGUCGUGGAGAUGCUCUUGGAUCGAGCUGCCCCCAUCCUCUCCAAAACCAAGAAUGGAUUGUCUCCAUUGCAUAUGGCGACCCAAGGGGAUCACUUAAACUGUGUCCAGCUUCUCCUCCAACAUAACGUGCCUGUUGAUGAUGUCACUAAUGACUACUUGACUGCCCUGCAUGUCGCUGCCCACUGUGGCCACUACAAAGUUGCCAAGAUUCUCUUGGACAAGAAAGCUAACCCUAAUGCCAAAGCAUUGAAUGGUUUUACACCCCUUCAUAUCGCCUGUAAGAAGAACCGGAUUAAAGUUAUGGAGCUUCUCCUGAAACAUGGUGCAUCCAUCCAAGCUGUAACUGAGUCGGGCCUUACACCAAUCCACGUGGCUGCUUUCAUGGGGCACGCGAAUAUCGUAUCUCAGCUCAUGCAUCACGGAGCAUCACCGAACACCACCAACGUGAGAGGAGAGACAGCUCUGCACAUGGCAGCCCGUGCUGGCCAGUCAGAAGUCGUGCGGUAUCUGGUCCAGAAUGGAGCCCAGGUAGAAGCUAAAGCAAAGGAUGACCAGACGCCGCUCCACAUUUCGGCUCGGCUGGGAAAGGCCGACAUAGUCCAGCAGCUUUUGCAACAAGGAGCCUCUCCAAACGCAGCCACCACUUCUGGGUACACUCCUUUACACCUUUCAGCACGAGAGGGACAUGAGGACGUUGCCUCCGUUCUUUUGGACAAUGGUGCAUCAUUAGCUAUAACGACAAAGAAAGGGUUCACCCCCCUUCACGUGGCUGCAAAAUACGGAAAGCUGGAAGUAGCCAACCUCUUGCUUCAGAAAAAUGCAUCUCCUGAUGCCGCAGGAAAGAGUGGUUUAACCCCACUGCAUGUAGCUGCCCACUAUGAUAACCAGAAAGUGGCCCUGCUUCUCCUGGACCAAGGAGCCUCGCCCCAUGCCGCUGCAAAGAACGGUUACACGCCACUGCACAUCGCGGCCAAAAAGAAUCAGAUGGACAUAGCCACCAGCCUGCUCGAGUAUGGCGCGGAUGCCAAUGCCGUCACCAGACAAGGGAUCUCUUCGGUGCAUCUGGCUGCCCAGGAGGGCCUCGUAGACAUGGUAUCCUUGCUUCUCUCCAGAAAUGCCAACGUGAAUCUUAGCAAUAAGAGUGGCCUGACACCGCUCCACCUGGCUGCACAAGAGGACAGAGUGAACGUGGCCGAGGUCCUUGUGAAUCAAGGAGCAGCCAUCGAUGCCCCAACCAAGAUGGGCUAUACACCACUACACGUGGGCUGCCACUAUGGGAACAUCAAGAUCGUUAACUUCCUGCUCCAGCACUUCGCAAAAGUUAACGCCAAAACGAAGAAUGGGUACACACCCCUCCACCAGGCAGCCCAGCAGGGCCACACCCACAUCAUCAACAUCUUACUGCAGAACAACGCCUCCCCCAAUGAGCUCACUGUGAAUGGAAACACAGCGCUGGCCAUUGCUAAGAGGCUUGGCUACAUCUCUGUGGUGGACACCCUGAAGGUGGUGACGGAAGAGACCACAACAACCAUCACCGUCACAGAGAAGCACAAAAUGAAUGUUCCAGAAACGAUGAAUGAAGUUCUCGAUAUGUCGGAUGAUGAAGUUCGUAAAGCCAAUACCCCUGAAAUGCUCAGUGAUGGCGAAUAUAUAUCAGAUGUUGAAGAAGGCGAAGACGCUAUGACAGGGGAUACAGACAAGUAUCUUGGGCCCCAAGAUCUCAAGGAGCUAGGAGAUGAUUCUCUGCCCGCGGAAGGAUACAUAGGCUUCAGCAUGGGAGCCCGCUCAGCCAGUCCUAAGAUCAGCCUCCGCUCCUUCAGUUCGGAUAGGUCUUACACACUGAACCGAAGCUCUUAUGCCCGAGACAGCAUGAUGAUUGAAGAAUUGCUGGUGCCAUCAAAGGAUCAGCAUCUGACAUUUACAAGGGAAUUCGAUUCCGAUUCUCUUAGGCAUUAUAGCUGGGCUGCAGACACCCUGGACAAUGUUAAUCUUGUCUCGAGCCCCAUCCACUCUGGCUGUUCCUCUCCACUUCCCCAGUAUGAUUCAAGGUUCCUGGUGAGUUUCAUGGUGGAUGCCCGAGGGGGCUCCAUGAGAGGAAGCCGCCAUCAUGGGAUGAGAAUCAUUAUUCCACCACGCAAGUGCACGGCACCCACUCGCAUCACUUGCCGACUGGUAAAGAGACAUAAGCUGGCCAACCCACCCCCCAUGGUGGAAGGAGAGGGAUUAGCCAGUAGACUGGUAGAAAUGGGGCCUGCGGGGGCACAAUUCUUAGGCCCAGUCAUAGUGGAAAUUCCUCACUUUGGAUCAAUGAGAGGGAAGGAAAGAGAACUCAUUGUUCUCCGGAGUGAAAAUGGUGAAACGUGGAAAGAACAUCAGUUUGACAGCAAAAAUGAAGAUUUAACUGAGUUACUUAAUGGCAUGGGUGAAGAGCUGGACAGCCCUGAAGAGUUGGGAAAGAAACGCAUCUGUAGGAUUAUCACGAAGGAUUUUCCCCAGUAUUUCGCGGUGGUCUCACGGAUCAAGCAGGAGAGCAACCAGAUCGGUCCAGAAGGGGGCAUCCUGAGCAGCACCACUGUACCCCUGGUUCAGGCAUCCUUUCCUGAGGGCGCUUUGACCAAAAGGAUCCGAGUGGGCCUCCAGGCCCAGCCUGUUCCAGAAGAAAUUGUGAAAAAAAUCCUCGGAAAUAAAGCAACGUUUAGUCCGAUUGUCACUGUGGAGCCAAGAAGAAGGAAAUUCCAUAAACCAAUAACGAUGACCAUUCCUGUGCCUCCCCCCUCAGGAGAAGGUGUAGCCAAUGGCUACAAAGGAGACACCACACCCAACCUGCGCCUGCUCUGUAGCAUUACAGGGGGAACAUCACCUGCACAGUGGGAAGACAUCACAGGAACCACGCCAUUGACAUUCAUAAAGGACUCUGUCUCUUUUACGACCAAUGUUUCAGCCAGGUUUUGGCUUGCGGAUUGCCAUCAAGUUUUGGAAACCGUCGGGUUAGCUACUCAGCUUUACAGGGAAUUAAUAUGUGUCCCGUACAUGGCCAAGUUUGUGGUUUUUGCCAAAAUGAACGAUCCUUUGGAAUCUUCCUUGCGUUGCUUCUGCAUGACAGAUGAUAAAGUGGAUAAAACUUUGGAGCAGCAAGAAAAUUUUGAGGAAGUGGCAAGAAGCAAAGAUAUUGAGGUCCUGGAAGGAAAGCCCAUUUAUGUUGAUUGUUAUGGGAAUCUGGCUCCCCUCACCAAAGGAGGACACCAAUUAGUCUUUAACUUCUAUGCUUUUAAAGAGAAUAGGCUGCCAUUUUCAGUCAAGAUCAGAGACACGAGCCAAGAGCCCUGUGGUCGAUUGUCGUUUCUGAAAGAACCAAAGACUACAAAAGGAUUGCCCCAAACAGCUGUUUGCAACUUAAAUAUCACCCUUCCAGCCCAUAAAAAGACUGAGAAAGCAGACCGUCGUCAGAGCUUUGCUUCUUUGGCCCUACGUAAGCGCUAUAGCUACUUGACUGAGCCUGGAAUGAAAACAGUUGAACGGAGUGCAGGAGCCACGAGAUCCCUACCCGUCACUUGCUCCUCAUACAAGCCAUUCUUUUCUACGAGACCCUAUCAGUCCUGGACAACAGCUCCAAUGACAGUGCCUGGACAAACCAAGUCAGGCUUGACUUCCUUGUCCAGUUCUUCUUCUAACACUCCAUCAGCUUCUCCAUUAAAGUCAAUAUGGUCUGUUUCUUCUCCUUCUCCAAUCAAAUCCACCUUAGGCGCUUCAACGACAUCUUCAGUUAAAUCUAUUAGCGAUGUGGCAUCGCCAAUUCGAUCCUUCCGGACAGUCUCUUCGCCAAUAAAAACAGUUGUUUCACAGCCCCCCUACAAUAUCCAAGUCUCUUCUGGGUCACUUGUUAGAGCUCCCACAAUAACUGAGUCUACGAUCUCUCCUUUAAAAGGGCUGGCAUCCAGUUCAACCUUUUCCUCUCGGACCUCUCCGGUGACCACAGCUGGCUCCCUUUUGGAGAGGUCAUCAAUUACCAUGACACCCCCAGCAUCCCCUAAGUCCAACAUUAAUAUGUAUUCUUCAGCCUUGCCCUUUAAAUCUAUCAUCACUUCCGCACCACCACUGGUCUCUUCCCCUUUAAAGUCUGUGGUGUCUCCUGCUAAAUCAGCAGUCGAUGCUAUUUCCUCCACCAAAGUGAUGGUGGCAUCCUCUCUCUCUUCUCCUGUGAAACAUAUGACUGGGCACGCAGAGGUAGCAUUAGUUAAUGGGUCUGUUUCACCUCUGAAGUAUCCAUCAUCUUCAGCUUUAAUUAAUGGAGCCAAAGCCUCAGCCACUGCCACACUACAAGAAAAAAUCUCCGCAGCCACAAACUCCAUUAGCUGCGGUGUUAGUGCAGCCACAGAUACAGUUGAGAAAGUGUUUUCUACCACAGCCGCCAUGCCAUUCUCCCCACUCAGGUCUUUUGUGUCUUCAGCGCCAUCUGCUUUUCAGUCUAUAAGAACUCCUUCCGUGAGUGCACUAUACACAUCCCUGGGGUCUUCGAUAUCAGCAACUACCUCAUCCGUAACUUCAUCAACAAUAACCGUGCCCGUAUACUCUGUAGUCAAUGUUUUGUCAGAACCAGCGCUGAAGAAGCUUCCAGACUCCACCUCGAUUACAAAAUCUGCAGCUGCUCUACUCUCACCCAUUAAAACAUUGACUUCAGAGACACGUCCUCAGCCCCACUUCAAUCGGGCAUCAUCCCCGAUUAAGUCAUCCUUGUUCCUUGCUCCCUCUGCUCUUAAACUGUCCACGCCAUCUUCUUUAUCUUCAAGUCAAGAGAUACUAAAAGAUGUAGCUGAGAUGAAGGAGGAUCUAAUUAGAAUGACCGCUAUCCUGCAGACAGAUGUGGCUGAGGAAAAACCGUUCCAACCAGAACCAACCAAAGAGGGGAGGAUCGAUGAUGAAGAACCUUUUAAGAUUGUUGAGAAAGUCAAGGAAGACUUAGUCAAAGUUAGUGAGAUACUUAAGAAGGAUGUGUGUGUAGAAAGCAAAGGGGCAUCCAUAGUUUCUAAAAAUGACAAAGGGCACUCCCCUGAAGACGACUGGACAGAGUUUAGUUCAGAAGAAAUAAAGGAAGCAAGACAGCAAGCUGCUCCAUGCCCUCUUGCAUCCACACCAGAAAAGGUCCAAAUAAAAGCAAAAACUAUGUCUGAAAAGGAUUACAACUUGACCAAAGUAAUUGAUUACCUUACAAAUGAUAUUGGGAGUAGCUCAUUAACAAACUUAAAGUACAAGCUUGAAGAUGCAAAGAAAGAUGGUGAAGAGAGGCAGAAAAGAAUUCUGAAGCCAGCGAUCGCUUUGCAGGAGCACAAACUUAAGAUGCCUCCCUCCUCCAUGAGGCCUUCCACCUCAGAAAAAGAAUUGUGCAAAAUUGCAGAUUCCUUCUAUGGAACUGAUACUAUUUUGGAAUCUCCUGAUGAUUUCUCUCAGCACGACCAAGAUAAAAGCCCUUUAUCAGAUAGUGGUUUUGAAACAAGAAGCGAGAAGACACCUUCCGCCCCACAGAGUGCAGAAAGUACGGGUCCCAAACCACUUUUCCAUGAAGUUCCCAUCCCCCCGGUCAUUACAGAAACAAGAACAGAAGUGGUUCAUGUGAUCCGUAGCUAUGAGCCCUCUUCAGGAGAGAUCGCCGAGGCCCAAGAACGGCCCCUGUCGCCUAAACCCUCACCACCCUUUAUGGAGCUGGAGCCAAAGCCAACCACUUCUAGUAUUAAAGAGAAAGUGAAAGUAUUUCAGAUGAAAGCCAAUGGAGAAGAGGAAGACCGUAACCGGGCCACGGGCAAAGGUGUCCGUGUUAAAGAAGAAACUCACAUAACCACUACCACUCGGAUGGUGUACCAUUCACCGCCGGGUAGCGAAGGCAACUCAGAAAGAAUUGAAGAAACCAUGUCUGUCCAUGACAUCAUGAAAGCCUUUCAGUCUGGGCGAGACCCAUCCAAAGAACUGGCAGGUCUGUUUGAGCAUAAGUCUGCCGUGUCACCAGAUGUGCACAAGUCUGCUGCUGAGAGCCCACCCCAGCAUGCAGAGAGGGACAGCCCAAUGAAACCCAAACUGGAGCGUAUAAUAGAAGUCCACAUCGAAAAAGGUAACCAAGCCGAACCCACUGAAGUCAUUAUUAGAGAGACCAAAAAGCAUCCAGAAAAGGAAAUGUUUGUGUAUCAGAAAGACUUAUCUCGGGGCGAUAUUAACCUAAAAGAUUUUCUGCCUGAGAAACAUGAGGCUUUUCCUGGUUCAGAGGAGCAGGGUCCACCAGAGGAAGAAGAGCUAACCGCAGAGGAGUCCCUGCCUUCGUACCUGGAGUCUUCGAGAGUAAACACUCCCGUGUCCCAGGAAGAAGACAGCCGCCCUAGUUCUGCCCAACUCAUGUCUGAUGACUCUUACAAAACGUUGAAGCUUUUGAGUCAGCACUCAAUAGAAUACCAUGAUGAUGAGUUGUCAGAACUAAGAGGGGAGUCUUACAGGUUUGCUGAGAAAAUGCUUCUCUCAGAAAAGAUAGAUGUGUCUCAUUCUGAUACUGAGGAGUCGGUUACAGACCAUGCUGUACCCCUUAGUAUGGAGUUACAGGGGUCUGAUAAGCGAUCCAGGGACAAAAUAGCCCCUGCCCCUAAAAGAGAGAUUCUCUCCAAAAUCUAUAAAGAUGUUUCAGAAAAUGGUCUAGGUAAAAUGUCCAAAGAUGAGCAUUUUGAUAAAGUGACAGUGUUGCACUACUCUGGAGAUGUUAGUAGCCCAAAACAUGCCAUGUGGAUGCGAUUUACUGAGGACAGAUUAGACAGAGGUAGAGAAAAGUUGCUAUAUGAAGACAGGGUGGACAGGACCGUUAAGGAGGCAGAAGAGAAACUGACGGAAGUGUCCCAGUUUUUUCGUGACAAAACAGAAAAGUUGAAUGAUGAGCUGCAGUCUCCUGAGAAAAAGGCCCGCCCCCAGAAUGUCAAGGAUGCCCCUUCUUCCCAAAGCUCAGCCAGCAGCAGCCCUGAGAAGUUACCGCUGACUGAGUCGUUGACAUCCAGCGAUGACUGGAGUAAAGUGAGACAGCAUGGGCGUGAUGGGAAGGGUUUGCCUAAGGCUGAGGAGAGAAAAGCCGCCAGUCUGCCCAGCAGUCCCGAGCGGAAGCUACCGUCCAAACAGACUGAGGACUGCACACUGCCAGGGGAACCCAGAGGAGGUAUUUCACAGAGCAAAGCUUCUGAAGCCGGCUUCCAGCUCAAACAAUCCAAACUCAGUUCCAUCCGGUUAAAAUUUGAACAGAGCAUCCACCCAAAAAGUAAAGAUGGAUCUCAAGAAGAAAAAAAGCUGGAUGGCCCAUCCAAAAUUCCAAUUAAAAAAAUACAGGAGAGCAAGCUACCUGUUCACCAAGUAUAUGGUAGAGAAAAGGCGCAGAAGGCAGUAGGUCCUGCAGAUGCAUGUGCAUCUUUGCAAAGGGAACUACCACUAAUGAAAGGCGAGCAGACCCAGAACGGUGAAGUGGUUGUAGAUGAAGCUGGUUCUGCUGAUGUUGAGAAACUGAGAACUGAAAUAUCAAGUAAAUCAGAACGUUAUUCUGAGCAGCAGUCAAAAGACUUGGCAUAUAGUAUGAGCUCAGACUUGGCAACUAAGGGACCAUGGGACAAAAAGAUUUUUAGAACAUGGGAAAGUCCAGGGGCUACUAACCAUAAGGCACAGAAAGAAAAACUCUCUCAUGUACUUGUUCAUGACGUACAAGAAAAUCACGUUGACCACACAGAGAAUCAGGGUCUUGAGCCAAAGAGCGAUUUGAUCUCUGUGUCGGAGAGAGAACACCAAUUGUUAACAAAUGGAGCUCACUCCGAAAUUAAGGAAGUGACUGUAAAAUCUCCAUCCAAAAAGGUUUUGUAUAGGGAGUUUGUGGUUAAAGAAGGGGGGCGCACCACCGAGACUGGUGACCAAGCACCCCAGAAAAGCGAAGGCACGGCCACGUCACACAUCCCAGUCCGAAUUGCUGAGGAGAGGAAAAUGUUAUCAUCCUCUGCCAUUCCCGAUGGUUAUUGUGACCAGUCCAAAUUUCCCCAAUAUGAACUGUCCCCCAAAUCACCCCAGUCCAGUUUGAGUAAAGAGACAUUCGAGACCCAUCAGCUCAAUUCUGUAGAAGAGGAAAAGGUCACUUAUUCUGAGAUCAGCAAAAUCUCCAAGCAUCAGAGUUAUGUAGGGUUGUGUCCUCCCCUGGAGGAAACUGAGACCUCCCCUACCAAAUCUCCUGAUUCCUUAGAAUUUAGCCCAGGCAAGGAGUCUCCCUCCAGUGAUUUAUUUGACCACAGUCCUAUGGAUGGAUUGGAAAAGGCUGCACCAUUAGCAGAGACAGAGGGAGGCAAGGAGAUAAAGACUUUGCCCGUUUAUGUUAGUUUUGUCCAGGUAGGAAAACAAUACGAAAAGGAAAUACAGCAAGGAAGUGUAAAGAGAAUAGUGAGUCAGGAAUGUAAGACAGUCCAAGAGACCAGGGGGACAUUCUUUACCACCAGACAGCAGAAACAGCCCCCUUCUCCCCAGGGGAGCCCAGAAGAUGACACUCUAGAGCAAGUGUCCUUCUUAGACAGUUCUGGGAAAAGCCCUUUAACCCCAGAAACACCCAGCUCAGAGGAAGUGAGUUAUGAAUUUACUUCUAAGACACCCGACUCACUUAUAGCUUAUAUACCAGGCAAACCCAGCCCAAUCCCUGAGGUUUCUGAGGAGUCAGAGGAGGAGGAGCAGGUUAAGUCUGUUUCAUUAAAACAAAUGGCAGCCAUUGACCUAGAAAUGUCUAGUACUUUGAACAAAGACUCUCCCAAAAGAUCUAAAGGCAACAGAGUUGCCUAUAUUGAGUUUCCACCUCCCCCGCCAUUGGAUGCAGACCAGGUGGAGCCAGAUAAGAAGUCCUCUUACUCCCCCGAGAAGGAGGUAGAAAUGACGGAGGUCAGUCUACAGGAUGAGCAUGACAAAUACCAGCUGGCCGAGCCCGUCAUCCGAGUGCAGCCCCCCUCUCCGGUUCCUCCCGGGGCAGAUAUAAGUGACUCCAGUGAUGAUGAAUCAAUCUACCAACCAGUCCCCAUCAAAAAGUACACUUUCAAACUAAAGGAUAUGGAAGAUGAUCAGAAAGAGGGUCCCAAGUCCAAAAGUUCUGAAAAGAUACCCACCCUGAAAGAGUCAGGAAGUAAUGGCCCUAGAAAGGAAAACGAACUUGACAUUGGCCUUGAUUCGCCACAGAACGAAGUAGCACAGAAUGGGAAUAAUGACCAGUCCAUCACCGAGUGUUCCAUCGCCACCACGGCAGAAUUCUCUCAUGACACAGAUGCAACCGAAAUCGACUCUCUCGAUGGCUACGAUCUGCAAGAUGAAGAUGACGGGCUCACAGAGAGUGAUUCUAAGCUCCCAAGUCAAACCAUUGACCUCAAAAAAGAUGUGUGGAAUACAGAGGGUAUUUUAAAGCCAGCCGACCGUUCUUUUAGUCAAAGUAAGCUUGAAGUGAUUGAAGAGGAGGAGGGCAAGGUAGGGCCUGAGGAAGAAAAACCACUCUGCAAAGGCUCAGCAUCAGAAAAGACUCCUGAUAAAACUGAGCAGAAGUCAGGGACCCAGUUUUUCACAUUGGAAGGCAGACAUCCCGAUAGAUCUGUGUUUCCAGACACCUAUUUCAGCUACAAGGUAGAUGAAGAAUUUGCAACCCCUUUCAAGACAGUAGCCACCAAAAGUCUAGAUUUUGAUCCUUGGUCUAAUAACCGAGGUGAUGAUGAAGUGUUUGAGACAAAAUCGAGGGAAGAUGAAUCAAAGCCAUUUGGUCUAGCGGUAGAAGACCGUUCUCAAGCCACGACCCCAGAUACCACCCCAGCCAGAACGCCAACUGAUGAAAGUACCCCAACUAGUGAACCCAACCCCUUCCCAUUUCACGAAGGAAAGAUGUUUGAGAUGACUCGCAGUGGCGCAAUUGACAUGAGCAAGAGGGAUUUUGUUGAAGAGAGGCUCCAAUUUUUCCAGAUUGGUCCACAAAGUCCAUGCGAACGGACAGAUAUCAGGAUGGCCAUUGUGGCUGAUCAUCUGGGGCUCAGCUGGACAGAACUGGCGAGAGAGCUGAAUUUUUCCGUGGAUGAAAUCAACCAAAUCCGUGUAGAAAAUCCAAAUUCUUUAAUUGCUCAGAGCUUCAUGUUAUUAAAAAAAUGGGUUACCCGAGAUGGAAAAAAUGCGACAACUGAUGCCUUAACUUCUGUCUUGACAAAAAUUAACCGAAUAGAUAUAGUGACCUUGCUGGAAGGACCAAUAUUUGAUUAUGGAAAUAUUUCCGGCACCAGGAGCUUUGCAGAAGAAAAUAAUGUUUUUCAUGAUCCCGUUGAUGGUUAUCCUUCCCUUCAAGUGGAACUGGAAACCCCCAGUGGGUUGCACUACCCUCCACCCACCCCUUUCCAGCAAGAUGAUUAUUUUAGUGAUCUCUCUAGCAUAGAGUCACCCCUUAGAACUCCCAGUAGACUGAGUGACGGGCUAGUAACUUCCCAGGGAAAUGUAGAUGGCACGGCAGAAGGACCUCCAGUUGUAACUGCAGAAGACACUUCAUUGGAAGACAGCAGGCUGGACUUCUCGGCGCCUCGCCAAGUUGUUCCUGGAGGUGUGGAUGUAGAGGGGAGCCAGCUGGAGGAUGUUUGUCUGAGCGAGUAUCCUCACCACCUCGGAAGCUUGGCCAGGGUCCACAAAGAUGUUGAGCUCUCAAAGGAAAUAGAAAAGACUAGCAAAGUAGGAAUGAGCCUUAAGCAGCAAGAGAGAGGAAACUCUGGUCCUGAGGAGGAGAUGACGAAAGAAAAAUUGAAGUCUCUGUUUGAGGACAUUCAGCUGGAAGAAGGAAUGGAGUCUGAGGAGAUGACAGAAGAAAAAGUUCGGGUUCUGCUCAGAGGGGUAGAGCAAGUCGAACGGGAAAUGUAUUCAAUUACAGGUUGGCAGAACGAGGCCUCCACGGGCAGCCACGAACCGCCGAUGCCAGGUCGUAGGAUAGCUGGUGGGUUACUCGAUCGACUGGAUGACAGCCCCGACCAAUGUAGGGAUUCUAUUACCUCAUAUCUCAAAGGAGAAACUGGCAAAUUUGAAGCCAAUGGCAGCCACCCCGAAGCCUUUCUCGAAACCACGGCCAAGUCUCACAUCCAAGAAUCACAGAACGACAUCGGAAAGCCAAGGGACAAGGAGCCUCUGAAACCAAAAACCCCAGGUUCUGGCCGUAGCGAUGGGCCAGCAGCCUACCAGAAAUCUGUGGAAGAAACUAGCAAGCAUUUAGCAGAUGAGAUCAAAACCUCUGUGCCUGUCAGUGUGAAAAAGAUGAAUAGGACUUCUCCCGGGGAUGCAAAGCCACGGCUAAACCUCCAUGAGGAAGAGGGAGCUGUCGUGUCUGAGCACAAGGUUAAAAGUCCAGGUGUGGCUCUUACAUGGAUCGCUGCCUGCUGUUACCAGGACGAUAAAGGGAGCGAGAGUAACUCAAGCUCAGAGGAAGAACGGAGGGUCACUACCAGAAUUAUCCGCCGACGUUUGAUUAUAAAGGGAGAGGAAGCAAAAAACAUUCCUGGUGAGUCUGUUACAGAAGAACAGUUUACUGACGAAGAAGGCGCCAUCAUCACGAGAAAAAUCACGCGGAAGGUAGUAAGACGUAUCGCUUUACCACAAGAGUCGCCAUUUGGUGAAAUGCAGGGAGAAGGUUAUAAGGUGAAGACAAAGAAAGAAAUCCGCCCUGUAGAAAAGAAGAGCCACUCAUAACGGCAGGACAGGAACGGAAUAUAUGCUUUUACUGCCAGUAUUCAAGAGAGAGAGUCUUGGAAGAAAAAUCAACAGGAAUUGGAAAUCCACCCAGGAGAAUGUCUGUGUGCGUGAAUGUAUGUGUGUGUGUGCACGCGUGUUUGCUGCUUCCACACAUUAACCGCAUGGUUUUUAUGCAAAAAAAAAAAAAAGAGAGAGAGAGAGAGAAAAGAAAGGGAAAAAAAAGGAAAGAAAAGACACGCCCCACGCAUUUUAAUUUCGCAUGAGCAUGGAAAUCCCCUCUCAUUCCCGGGAUCUGAGAGCGCACCAUUCGUGACGCAGCACACACACAAGACGCUGACCACACUCUUACCAGCUUCGUUUAAUAUCAUCACAGAAGACUGCAAUUCCUGUGGCCAGAUGGAAUAGAAGACAAGAUGACAGAAGUGAUUGACACUCAGAUGGCUAAAUCCACAGCAGUUCGCCUUAUUUGUCUUGGACCCAAACUGUCAGGGCAUAAACACUGUUUGUUUCUUUUUUAAAACAUCGGUAGUUUUGCUGUAAAUAAAUAACACUGUAUAAAUUCUAACAGAAAAUAGAAUAAAUAUGGAUAAGGCACUGCCUCUUAGGACACAGAUGAAAUAUCACAAAUGCAUUUAACAGACUAGGUGGUCCGGGGGGCUUCACCUAUGGGGGAGACUUGGGGCCGGGGAUGGGAGGGAGUGGGGAUCUUCACUGAUUCUUGUAUAUUAGCAAUUAUAAUGUUUGUAUAUGCAAAACUGCUAGCUUGAUUUUAAAAAAAUCUUUAAAAUCUGCUGCAAAUUUAAAUGAUUCCCAAAAUGAGGAAUUCUGUAGUUCUGUGAAAAUUUUUCUGCAGAGUACUAAUAUUUUGAUGCAUGUGUAUCACCUUAUUUUGAUUAAAAUCUUUUCCAAUUUUGCAAACACUACAGUAUACCGCGACACGAAAGAGGAGAUUUUAUCUGUAAACAUAACGCCCUUCAUCUAAUAUUUGUUGCUGUUGCCAAUUUUUCAAUGAAACCAUCUAAAAAAAGGAACAAAAAAAAGAGACUACCAUAGUUGCUUUUGGGGGAGGGGGGUGCUAACUGUUAACUGCUUACAAAGUGGGGUUAAUGCUUGCAGCUUUAGAGAGGGGUUGGUGCUCAAUAGAGGCACAAGUUUUGGUAUUUAAAGAAAAUGAACUGAACAGAAAAUAUUAGCUUAUAGACUGGCAGCACGCUGUAAAAUUAUUACCGUCUUGUGUACUGGCGCUCAGAUGUAGAAUCUUCCAGCAAGCCAAUCAUCUGUAACCAUUCUAGCACUGUAAUAUUAGGUUCUUAAGGCUGCUGUGUUUUAAGGGGCAUUUUUAUUUGGGUUUUGGUGAAAUACUUUAAUUUGUUGAUUAUAUUCAUAUCAAAACAGCAUUCAUUGACAAAUAGCUAUAAUGACAUAUGUAUGAAAAAAACCACUGGAUGACCUAGUUAAUUAUUUAAGCAUAAAAAUAAAUUGUGUUAAAACUCUUCACUGA